AGUCACAACUCACAAACUAACUGUUCGCGCCGAGAUUUAAAAGACCGCAACCUCACGCGCCACCGCUCACUGAAAACGUAGAUCUGCUGAACCAUGAGAGGCUCAUCUUCCACACCAUCUAGCUCGGAUGGUACCACCCGUUCAUGGAUAAUAGCCGGAGCGGCUGUGGCCGCAGCGACGGCAGCGUACGCGGUGGUUUCAAGGCGGCGAUCGGCGAGGUUUCGGAGCCGGGUGGUCGGAAUCAUACCUGCGCGUUUUGCUUCCUCCAGAUUUCCCGGCAAACCUCUGGUUCCGAUACUCGGAAAGCCCAUGAUCCAGAGGACAUGGGAAAGAGCAAAACUUGCAAACAAGCUGGAUCAACUUGUUGUGGCUACUGAUGAUAAGAAAAUAGCAGCAUGCUGUUCAGAUUUUGGAGCUAAUGUCAUAAUGACAUCAGAAACUUGCAGAAAUGGAACUGAACGCUGCACUGAGGCGCUCCAAAAGCUUACGAAGAAGUUUGACAUCGUUGUUAACAUUCAGGGUGAUGAACCUCUAAUAGAGCCCGAGAUAAUCGAUGGGGUUGUCAUGGCCCUGCAGGCUGCCCCUGAUGCUGUGUUUAGCACUGCAGUUACCUCAUUGAAACCUGAAGAUACCUCUGAUCCAAAUCGGGUGAAGUGUGUGGUGGACAAUCAUGGUUAUGCAAUCUAUUUCUCAAGGGGUUUAAUCCCCUACAACAAGUCAGGCAAGGUCAAUCCACAUUUUCCGUAUUUACUUCAUCUUGGUAUUCAGAGCUAUGAUACAAAGUUCUUAAAGAUAUAUCCAGAGCUUCCGCCUACUCCAUUACAACUAGAAGAAGAUUUGGAGCAGCUUAAGGUCCUUGAGAAUGGAUAUAAGAUGAAGGUAAUAAAGGUUGAUCAUGAGGCUCACGGUGUUGAUACUCCACAAGAUGUAGAGAAGAUAGAACGUUUCAUGCGGGAAAGAAAUUUGUCUUAGUUCCUUUAUGAACAGAGCAAGAGAGGUUUUACAGUUUCUCUUAGCAUAGAACUCUUUUACUAAGAUUUUGUUUGCUGCUAUUCAUAAUUGUUAGCUGGCAUUGCCUGAGUUCUAUCAUGAAUUUUUACUUCUUCCUCUGCCAAUUGAUAUACAAGGCAAGUUUUCCA